AAAAAGCCCCAAAUGCCCCCAAAACCCCCGCUCGCGCCUCUCCCGGCGCCGCCGCCGCCCGCCCGCCCGCCUAAGGGAAAAGGGGCUGGGCCCUCGCGCCCACCUAUCAACGCCCGCCGUCCCUCCCAGCGCGACGGCGCCCACCAAUGAGAGCGCGGCGCGGCCAAAUGGCGGCGCGCGACGGGGCGGCCGUUGCCAAGGGCAGGGCGCGGUUGCCGGGGAGCGGGGGAUGCCGGGGGGGCGCGGCCUGGUUGCCAAGGGGAGGGUCUCUGUUGCUAUGUGUGGGGCCUCGUUGCCGGGGCGCUGGACCGUGUUGCUAGGGGUGAGUUGUGUUGCUAGGGGCGGGGUCUGGUUGCUAGGGACCUGAUCGGGUUGUUAGGGACGGGGUUUGUGGUUAGGAAGCAGUGAGAGCUUGCUAGGGGCGUGGCCUGUUGCCAGGGAGUGCAUUACUAGGAGCGCGAUUGGCUGCUGAGAGAGCUCGUUGUCAGGGUCGGGGCCUAUCGCCAUGGCAACCAGGUGUCGCAGGCGCCGCGCGGGGUGUUGUGGGUCGGUGGAGGCCCGACCCCGGCCCACAAUGCCCCGCGCCGGCCUAGUGCUACCAGUAUGGACCAGUACAUCGUGCUGGGCCGCAUCGGGGAGGGCGCGCACGGCGUCGUGUUCAAGGCCAAACACCGAGAGACCGGGGAGCUGGUGGCCCUUAAGAAGGUGCCCCUGCGGCGCCCCGAGGACGGGCUGCCCCCCCAGACCUUGCGCGAGAUCAAGGCCCUGCGGGAGAUCGAGGCCCAUCCUCAUGUGAUCCGGCUCCGGGCUGCCUUUGCCCAGGGCCCUGCGGUGGUUCUGGCUCUGGAGCUGCUCGUGGGGGACCUGGGGGGGCUCCUGCGUGCGGCCCCCGCCCCGCUGCCUCCCCCCCGCGUGCGGGCCCUGCUCGCCAUGACCCUGCGGGGCCUGGGCCACGUGCACGGCCACCGCCUGCUGCACCGGGUGAGGGACCCCAAAAACCAGGGGGGAAAUCGGGAACGGGGGGGCCACUGGCACCGCCUGCUGCACCGGGACCUGAAACCGGCCAAUCUGCUGCUGGACAGCGCUGGGCACCUCAAGCUGGCGGAUUUUGGGCUAGCACGGGUGCUGGGCCCCUCCCCAGGGCGCCCCUACAGCCACCAAGUGGCCACCAGGUGGUACCGAGCCCCCGAGCUGCUCUACGGCGCCCGACACUACGACGAGGGUGUGGACUUGUGGGCCGUGGGCUGCAUUUUCGGGGAGCUGCUGACACUGUCCCCGCUGUUCCCUGGGGAGAACGACAUUGAACAGCUCUGCUGUGUGCUCAGGGGCCUUGGCACGCCCAGCCCAAGGGACUGGCCGGAGCUGGCAGAGCUGCCGGACUUCCCGAAGCUGCGGUUCCAGCCGCAGGCGCCGCCGCCGCUGGAGCUGCUGGUGCCGGGCGCCGACGCGGCCGCGCUGGACCUGCUGCGGCGGCUGCUGCGGUACCGGGCCCGGCUGCGGCCACGGGCACACCAGGCCCUGCUGCACCCCUUCUUCUUCGGCCCCCAGGAGCUGACCCCGCCCCCGCCACCGGGGGGGCCGCGGCAGCCCCCCGACUUCAACCUGGACACAGCACUGGAGCUGCCUCCCCGCGCCGCCCUGAGACCCCUCCCCAACCUGGGGGACCCCCCAAGGGACUCCCACUCCCCCCCCACGGGGCCCUGAGACCCCUGCCCAAUUUGGGGGAUGCCCUGGGAGACCCUCAGUGAUCCCCCAGGGGCCCUGGGACCCCACCCCACCAUGGGGACCCCCACGGACUUCCCAAACUGGGGGACCCUGUGAUGGACUCCCCUGACCCUCCCCAGCCUGGGAAACCCCUGCUGACCCCCCCAUAGGGCCAUGGGACCCCUCCCCAAAUGUGGGGACCCCCUGAGAGACCCCCAUUGCCCCCCCCCAAUGCUGGGGGACCCCCAUCGACCCACCCAUCCCAAUUUUGGGGACCCCUGCUGAGCCCCUUGGAGCUCUGGGACCCCUCCCCACCCUGGGGGCCCUAUUGACCCCCCAGGGGUGCUGCUGGGCCCUCUGAAUUUUGGGGGAGGGCACCCAGACCCCCGGAUUUGGAGGGACCCCAGACCCCUGAGCCCCCACAGCCCCCCAGAGCACCAAACCAGUGCAUGGAGCAGCAAAAAUGGGGAAAAUUCAACCCAAAACUGUCAGAUUUGG